AUGAAGUUCUCUCACAGUAUUCAGUUUAAUGCUGUUCCUGAUUGGAGCAGCCAUUAUAUUGCUUAUAGCAACCUGAAGAAACUGCAAGUAUUUCGUUUAAUUUAUACGCUUGAAAAGAACGUUCAUCAACCUUCCGUCACCGACGUCGAAACCCGACCACUUCUUCGAAAUGAAGACCCCGAGCUUGUCUUUAGUCGAGCCUUAGAUGUAGAGCUGGAGAAAAUCUGUUCGUUUUACGGUGUCAAGGAAAAGGAACUCUUCGACGAUGUUGACGAAUUGUUGCGAGAUGUUGGAUCCUUCGACGCGAAUGGGUUUGACGAAUCUGAAGUUCCUCAGAGGCCCGUCAUGCAAAGUUCUAUCAGUGACCAAGCAAGGCCUACCACUAUGGGAACUCGAAGUACUCGCAGUGGUGUUAGCAUGCGCUCGACCGAUGAUGGCGCAGAGGACAGCGAAGAAGAAGAUGACGACGAUGAUAACGAUGAAACCUCAGCCCUCCAUAAGAAAAGGCGGCCGAGCUUUGGCGGUGGCUUGGGGAGGAGACGUACUAUUCCGAAUGCAAUGCAUGCUUCAAUCGAUAUGACUGUGUCGACCGAUGUUACUAGGUCACGCAGGUUGAGUCUUGGCUUUGACGACUACGCUGAGACGGCCGAGCUAUUUUCCUCCGGUAUCAUGCUAAAGAAACGCAUCAUUAGCCUUUAUGUCCAGCUAUGUGAGCUCAAGUCGUAUGUGCAACUAAAUAAGACAGGAUUCAGUAAAGUCCUCAAGAAAUUCGACAAGAUCAUCGAUACGGAGUUCCGACCCAAGUACCUCCGAGAGACCGUCGAGACCUCGUACCCUUUCUUGCCGGAGACGGUCAAGCACAUCGAAGAGAGCAUUGGAAAGAUGGAAAAAGCCUAUACAGAUAUAGUCACGCAUGGCGACGAAGCUCUGGCGAAGAAAGAUCUCCGAUCUCACCUAAGAGAGCACGUUGUCUGGGAACGAAACACGGUCUGGCGAGAUCUCAUCGGUCUCGAACGUCGCGCCGAGGCUGCAACUCUUGGGGGCGGCCUUCUCGGAGCCCCUAGCGACGGAUUAAAGAUGAGAUUGCAAGGUGAUGAUGUGCCUGUUACUCCCAUGAAAGAGAUCGAGACGCCGAUGGGCCGCUUUACUUGUCCAACCUGGCUAUUUAGCUCGGCCAUGUUCACUCUUAUUGGAAUCAUCGUCAUCUUUCUAGUCCUGCUUUUUGUCCCUGUUAUGGAUAUGCCCGAACAACAGAACUGCUUGGCUAUGCUGGUUUUUGUCAGUCUUUUAUGGGCUACCGAGGCUAUCCCGCUCUUUGUCACGUCUUUAUUGAUACCUUUCCUCUGUGUGGUUCUCCGAGUUGUUCGUUCCGAGGGCCCAGGAAAUGAAAGGUUAUCGUCCGCAGACGCCGUCAACUAUGUGUUUUCGGCCAUGUGGACGCCCGUCAUUAUGCUUCUACUCGGAGGCUUCACGAUUGCUGCCGCCUUGUCUAAAUGCAAAAUUGAUAAGCGAAUUGCGACCUUUGUUCUGAGCAAGGCUGGAACGAAGCCGAGGACCGUACUGGUUGCUACCAUGUUUGUCGCUGCCUUUGCUAGUAUGCUCGUUAGCAAUGUGGCAGCUCCUGUACUUUGCUUCUCCAUUGUCGAGCCAAUGCUUCGUAAUCUUCCUACCGACUCCAACAUGUCCAAGGCAGUUAUUAUGGGUAUUGCUCUCGCCUCCAACAUUGGCGGUAUGCUCUCUCCGAUUGCUUCGCCCCAAAACAUUGUUGCGCUAGGAAUCAUGGAGCCAGCGCCGACCUGGGGCCAGUGGUUUUUUGUUGUGAUUCCCGUGGGCAUCGUAUCAAUCUUGUUGAUUUGGAUUCUUCUCCUUACCACGUUCCAUCCCGGUAAGGGCACUACUAUUGUCCCUAUUCGACCAGUCAAAGAACGGUUUACCGGCCUACAAUGGUUUGUGUCUAUCGUGUGUCUAGCUACCAUCGGGCUUUGGUGUGCAAGCCAUCAACUUGAAUCUACGUUUGGGCAUAUGGGUGUUAUCGCCAUUAUUCCCAUUGUGCUCUUCUUCGGCAUUGGUAUACUUACCAAGGAAGACUUUAACAAUUUCCCAUGGACUAUCAUCAUCCUCGCGGCGGGAGGGCUAGCACUCGGAAAGGCCGUUACAUCAUCGGGCCUCCUUCAUACGGUGGCUGAAAGCAUCUCUCGAAAGGUCGAUGGUGUAGACCUGUACGGGGUUUUACUUAUCUUCUCGACUUUAACAUUAGUUAUUGCGACCUUUAUUAGCCACACUGUGGCGGCGCUAAUUAUUCUGCCUCUCGUGUCGGACGUUGGGAAGGACAUGGAUGAACCACAUCCUAAUCUCCUCAUCAUGGGGGCGGCACUCAUGUGCAGUGCGGCGAUGGCGUUGCCAACAAGUGGUUUCCCUAAUAUGACUAACCCUUUCGCCAUGCUCUCCGCAUUCACAGCUCGACCCAUCAUCGAGCUCAAACAGCGUGACAAGUCAAAGAUAGAGACUAUCUUGGCCCAUGGCGAUCGCGUUUUCGUCGGACUCAACACUGGCUCACUGCGAAUAUACCGCCUAACCCAACCAACCGAUGACCAUCCCACCAACGGCACAUCCGCACGCUCCUCAACUCCAACUCCAGCUUCUCCUACUCCUCCUCCGAAUAGCCAACCUGAUGCCAAUCCCGGCCCUCCUCUCAAGCCAACCGAUCUCCUUCGUGAAGUAGACAAGUUCUCUACGCGUGCUAUCGAACAGCUUGCUAUCAUCAAGGAGGCCAAUAUCAUCGUCUCUCUUUCCAAUUAUCAUGUCUCCCUCCAUGAUUGCCAAACCUAUGAACUGAUCGAAACCAUAUCGCGCACAAAGAAUGCCACCUGCUUUGCUGUCACCAGUAAUAUUGUCAAGGAUGCUUCCACUGGUAUACCUGAAAUCAUUAGUCGCCUUGCUGUUGCUAUAAAACGGCGCCUGCUGCUUUGGAGUUGGCACGAGAGCGAGUUGCGCGAUGAGGUCACCGAAAUCACAUUGUCUGAGGCUAUUAGGUCUUUGACUUGGGCAAACGCGACCAAAGUCGUCUGUGGCAUGAAUGGCGGAUACGUCUUGGUCGACGUCACCACCUCGGAGACGCACGAAAUUGUAGGUCUUGGUGCUACAGCGUCCGGUGGUCAAGGAAUCAGGUUCGGUGCCACGAGUAUGGGCUACAUGGGACUAGGCGGGUAUAUGCCGAAGCCGUUGGCUGCGAGGUUGUCCGAGGGCCAGAUGCUACUCGCCAAGGACAUUAACUCACUGUUUAUCGACACUGACGGAAAACCAUUGGAAAAGCGUCAAGUACCAUGGCAGAGUGCGCCAGAGAGCAUCGGAUACAGCUAUCCUUAUAUAUUAGCCCUCCAACAGCCGGCUAAGGGAACGCUGGAAGUCCGGAACCCUGACACCCUUAGCCUCUUGCAGAUUAUAGAACUUCCUGGUGCAUCCCAGCUUUACUUUCCACCACCAACCGUCAGCCUAGCUCAUGCGGGCAAGGGGUUCCAUAUCAGCAGCGACCGAGCUGUAUGGAAAAUGGAGGCCACUGACUAUGAUACUCAGGUCAAGGAACUCAUCGACAAGGCAAAGUACGACGAGGCCGUGAGUGUGCUUGGCAUGCUUGAGGAUGCGCUGUUGAGCGACAAGACUGGUACUAUGCGCGAGGCCAAGAUGCUCAAGGCCGAAGUUUUGUUCAAGAAGAGGAAAUUCUCCGAAAGUCUAGCCCUAUUCAACGAGGACGAAGUUCACGCACCUCCCCAGAGGGUACUCAGGUUAUAUCCGAAAAUGAUCGCUGGAGAUCUUUCCGCCGAAGUGACUCGCCAGGAAACUUCGGAGGAAGAAGAGGAAGAACAAGAAGAAGAUGAAAAGACCAACGGGGAGAAGCCGGCAACGGCAACGGCAAAGACCGAUCUUGCUGCUGAAUUUGCAUCCCCGUCUCGAACCAGCACUUUCGCCAAGUAUUGGAUGGGACAUCGCAAAACUGACUCGGAUGCUGCAUCCAUCGCUUCCUCCAAGAAAGGAGGGACGGACAAUGAAGAUGCGGCGAGUAUAAAGGCCAAGACCAAGAAGAAAAAGAAGAAGAAGAAGUUGGAUGAAGAUAAACCGUUGGAAGGGAAAGACUUGGUCAAGGCUGUCCGUGAAUUAAACAGCUACCUAGCCGGUACAAGGGCACGCCUACAACGGUGGAUCGAUCCAGCGACAGGAAAGCUGAAACCACGCAAACCACCAUCCAGCACAGAGUCUGGCGCGGAAACGCUUAUCAACAUCGACGAAAAUUUAGAUGCCCUGCUAACAAAUCCCCAUUCCGAGUCGGACGAGCAGCUCGAGCGAGAACUCAAAGAAACUUACACAGUAGUCGACACAGCUCUCUUCCGUGGCCUGAUGUUUGUUACACCUACCCUUGCUGGCUCCCUCUUCCGCAUCCCGAACUUUUGCGACCCUGCGGUAGUGAAUGAGCACCUGCUUAAGCAUAAUCGGUACAAUGAGCUGGUUGACUUCUUCUAUGGAAAGAGGCUCCAUCGCGAAGCACUUACUUUACUUCGCAAGUUUGGAAACGUUGACAUGGAGGGAGAGUCAGCUAAGCUAGACUUGAAUGGAAACACAGAUGUCGAAGUAGUGAUUCCCGAACAACUCCGUGGCCCUCAAAGGACUGUCGGAUACCUGCAAAGCCUGCCCCCUGAGAUGAUCGACAUCAUUCUUGAAUUCGCCGAUUGGGUAUUACGGCGCGAUCCGAGCCAAGGCUUGGAGAUCUUUGUGGCCGAUAGCGAGAAUGCCGAGACAUUACCACGAGAGACGGUCGUCCGAUAUCUUGGCGCCAUCGACGUCGACUUAGAAAUUCGAUACUUACAGCACAUCAUAAUGGAGCUAGAAGAUGGAACGCCAGACUUCCAUAACCGAUUAGUGGAGUUGCUCGUUCAUGCACUCAAAGAGGGUGAGAGGGAUGAGGCUUGGAACGAGAAGCUGAGCAGCCUAGUGACUUUCCUGGGUGCAAGCCAACAAUAUAGUCUCAGCAGAGCACUAAGCAUAAUUCCUCGCGAUGAUCCGGCAUUUUAUGAGGCCCGGGCUAUAGUAUUCAGUAACAUGGGUUCGCACAAACAAGCACUCGAGAUCUACGUUUUCAAUAUGCAAGAUUAUACGAAAGCAGAGGAAUACUACCAGGAUGACGAUCAUGACCCUGAUGCGAAGCCUUCUAUUUACCACAUGCUGAUUUCGUUGUACCUUACCCCACCGCCACCCAAUAAGCCUAACUUGGAACCGGCUUUAUCGCUUCUUUCGAGGCAUGGCUCUCGUCUACCGGCAGAAUCAACCCUCUCCCUCAUACCCGACGACCUUCCCGUGGCAGAGCUCGAGUCGUACUUCCGAGGGCGCAUUCGCGCGGCUAAUAGCGUCGUCUCCGAAUCGCGCAUUGUCGAAGGGCUACGAAAGACGCAGCUUGUUAACACGCAGGCGCUUCUACUGCUUGGUGAUGGGGUACCCGGAGGCCAGACCGGACGGAACAGGAGGGUAGUAAUUAGCGAGGAAAGGGUAUGCGGUACCUGCCACAAGAGAUUGGGAAAUAGCGUGGUGGCAGUACUCCCAGACAAUAGUGUGGUCCACUAUGGAUGUCUAGGGAGAAGAAGAGGACGUAGCAGAAGCGGUAGUCGAACUGAACGGAUUGCUGGUUCAUGGGGUCGACAUAAUUGA